AUGGUUCUAAUUAAAAGAACAUUUCGAAUUGAUCCACUAGGGGAUAAUAUAUUUGGGCAGAGCACUGCUGAUGCGGCUGAAUCUCUGGUUGGAGCUUUUGGACCUGCUAUGCACUCUAAACUUCCUUGGGCUGCAGUUUUGGGAAACCAUGACCAAGAAUCUACCAUAACACGUGAAGAGCUGAUGUCUUUCAUUUCCCUUAUGGACUAUUCUGUUUCUCAGGUCAAUCCUUUAGGAGGUGUAGUGUCAGAUAUUGAUGGAUCUGGGAAUUAUAAUCUUGACGUAUAUGGGGCACCGGGUUCAAAUUUAUUCAACACCAGCAUACUUAAUCUCUUCUUUCUCGAUAGUGGGGACAGGGCUAUAGUUGAUGGAAGACGAGGUUAUGGAUGGAUCAAAGAAUCUCAACUUCCGUGGCUUCGUAGCAUUUCAGAAAAUUCUCAGGCAUUUCCAUCAUUUAGACUUCGUAAACAGGACAAAGAUCAUGACAAUCCACUGGCCAGCAUCUCAGCUCCACCAGCAUUGGCCUUUUUUCACAUCCCAAUUCCUGAAGUUCGAGACCUUUGGUAUAAGCAAUACGUCGAGAAAUAUCAAGAAGCAGUUGCUUGUUCUUCUUAUAAUUCUGGUGUCCUGAAGACAUUAGUAUCCAUGGGUGAUGUGAAGGCAGUUUUCCUUGGGCAUGAUCACCUUAACGACUUCUGUGGAGUAAUUGAGGGUAUUUGGUUUUGUUAUGGUGGAGGAUCUGGGUAUCAUGCUUAUGGUAGAAUAGGCUGGCAAAGAAGGGCAAGGGUCAUAUCAGUCGAGCUGGAUCAGGGAAAGAAUUCAUGGUUGGGUGUGAGAAGGAUUAAAACUUGGAAGCGUCUGGAUGAUUCAAUUCUUAGCAAGAUUGACGAGCAGAUACUGUGGGACCUGUAA